AGUGGAAAGGAGGAGAAACAGAAGGUGUCUUUUUCAACUUCCCUGUCUUUGAUUACACAUCUCCUGUUGAUGGCCAAUCACCAAGUAGUUGGUUCAGAAGCCUUUUUAAUGCAAGUCACAGAGAGGUGGGGACCAUUCUUCCAUCCCAGUUCUCUCUACAGACUGACUACAACACGUAGAAGAUGCAGACCUACCUGGAGCUAAGCUACAAGGCAAUGAUGCCCAUCCUGGGUUUAGGCACAUGGCAGUCUCCUUUAGGGAAAGUGAGAGAUGCAGUAAAGCUUGCCAUUGAUGUUGGGUACCGGCACUUUGACUGUGCCCAUGUAUACGAGAAUGAAGAGGAGAUUGGAGACGCAAUCCAGGAGAAAAUGCAGGAACAGGCUGUGGCACGAGAGGAACUGUUUGUUGUCAGUAAGCUGUGGUGUACAUUUCAUGAGAAAUCCAUGGUGAAAAGAGCAUGCCAAAGAACUCUUGCAUCUCUCCAGCUGGAUUAUCUAGACCUAUACCUAAUGCACUGGCCCAUGGGAUUCAAGGCUGGAGAUAAGUUUUUUCCUGAAGAUGAUAAUGGGAUGGUACUGCCCAGUGAUACAGAUUUCCUGGAUACAUGGGAGGCUAUGGAGAAACUAGUGGAUGCAGGUCUGGUGAAAUCCAUUGGAAUCUCUAACUUUAAUUGUGAGCAGAUAGAGAAACUUUUGAAUAAACCAGGAUUAAAAUACAAACCAGUGAAUAACCAGAUUGAGAGUCACCCAUACCUACCUCAAGAAGAACUAAUGAAUUUCUGCCAGUCCAAAGGGAUUUCCGUCACUGCAUAUUGUCCUCUCGGAGCUCCCAGCUGGCCAUGGUCCCAGUCUGAGGGUUUCUCUCUCUUGGAUGACCCCAUUGUCAAAGAAAUUGCAGCCAAACACAAUAAAACAUCAGCUCAGGUUUUGAUCCGUCUCCAGAUCCAAAGAAACGUGGGUGUAAUCCCCAAGUCGGUGACUCCACAUCGCAUUAAAGAGAAUUUUGAGGUAUUUGACUUUGAAUUGAACCCAAAGGACAUGAAAACUCUACUCAGCUUAAAGAAGAGACACAGGAUUUGUGCACUAAACGCGUGCAAGCUGCAUAAAGACUACCCUUUCAAAGAAGAUUACUGA